AUGGAUUUGGAAUUACUACGUGUUACGUAUGGUAUAGGACCUUCUGCAUAUUUAGCGACUAGGCCUCUGAUUCAGCUGGCCCAUGAUGAGCGGAGCAGCUUCCCAGAAGCAAGUGAUGCUGUAUUGAAGUGCUUCUACGUUGAUGAUGCACUCGUGGGUGCAAAUACUUUAAAGCAAGCGGAAAGUCUUCGCAAGGAUCUUCAAAGAUUACUGGAAAAAGGUGGAUUCAAACUGCACAAAUGGUGUGCAAACGAUCUGAAUAUUUUGAAAGGAGUACCAGCAGAAAACCGGGAGAAGGAAAUUUCGUUCGAAGACAUUAACGUAAACGGAGUAAUUAAAACACUAGGACUCUUAUGGGAUCCAAAGAAUGACGAUUUUCUAUUCCGGGUUGCAAAGAUAGCACGUAUUUCAGGUCCAGCUACGAAGCGUCAAGUGUUGAGUGAUAUAGCGAAAUUAUUCGACCCUCUUGGCAUCUUAAGUCCGAUCGUGGUACUUGCAAAGCUAGUGAUGCAACAAUUAUGGAGAAAGGGACUUGAUUGGGACGACGCAAUCCCCAACACGGAACAUGAGGUCUGGUGUAAGCUGAGUGCUGAAUUAUGUGAAAUCAACAACAUGAGGAUUCCGAGAUGCGUCGUAAUUGAUGAUCCUGUUACAUUCGAGUUGCACGGUUUUUCGGAUGCCUCCCAACGGGCUUACGGAUGUUGUAUAUAUCUACGAAGUGUGAACGCCAACGGAAUGGUUGGCGUGAAGCUGAUCUGCGGUAAAUCUAGAAUUGCGCCGUUGAAGGAGUUGAAACGACCGGAGUAUGAAGGAGCAUCGCCAUGUGAAAUGACGAUCCCAAGGUUGGAGCUGUGUGCAGCAGCUUUGCUGGCAGAGCAGUUGGAAACAGUGCGCGAAGCCUUAGAACUAGAAUUCAAACAUAUAGUUUUGAGGUCCGACUCAAAAAUAGUGUUAUGUUGGUUGAAAAAACAGAACUCUGAUUUCCCGGUAUUUGUGCGUAAUCGAAUAGUGAAGAUUCAGAAAUUAACUCCAGAUGCUAAAUGGUUGUAUAUAGGCACGAAGGACAACCCUGCAGAUCUCGUAUCUAGAGGCGUCCAACCAGUAGAGCUUAUGAAGAGUGAACUGUGGUGGAACGGGCCAGUAUUUCUGAGUUCCUUGGAGGAAGAAGUCGAGAUACAGCACCUCGAAGAAAAAGAAGAAAGUGAUGAUGUGAAUAAUACCGAAGAGACCGUAGCUUUAGUGGCUCAAGAGUGUCGAUUGUAUAAUUUGAUCCAGAACUGCAGUAACUUCCGGGGAUUGCAAAGAGUUUUCGGAAGUGGCAGUCUAGCUGGUCGCGACCAUCGUGAUUCGCUAUUGGCAAUGGUCAAGAUUGUUCAGCAUGUAGUGUAUGAAGAAGAGAUCAAAGAUAUUGAAAAGGGUAAGCUUGUGAAGGGGAAACUCCGAAAUCUUAACCCAAUGUACGACAAACGGGAGAAGUUACUCCGAGUUGGGGGCCGGAUUAGGAAUUCUGACUUGCCCAUGGACCAAAAGCAUCCCAUAAUCCUGCCGGAAAGAAAUGUGUUUACUAAUUUGGUGAUUGAAACAAUUCACCGAGAGCAAUUGCACGUUGGGUUAAAUGGAUUGCCUGCAAAGGUUCGACAACAAUUUUGGCCAGUAAACGCGAAACGCACGAUAAAUCGAGUUUUAAGAAAAUGUGUUAAGUGUUUCCGCGUCAAACCGAGAGACGUCGUACAGUAUAUGGGUGACUUACCGAGUGCGAUUCAUCUAGAGUUGGUGGGCUCUCUAUCUACGGAUGGAUUUUUGGGAGCGCUGCAUCGUUUCGUGAGUCGCAGAGGCAACGUAGCGGAAAUAAGGUCAGAUAACGGCACAAACUUUGUCGGGGCUGAGCGACAGCUUACAGAAUUAAAGACCUUGUUUAUGUCGCAAACGCUAGAGACCAAGAUUUCGGAGUUUUGCCAGUCGCGUGGUAUUACUUGGAAAUUUAUUCCACCACGGGCCCCGCAUCAAGGAGGACUCUGGGAAGCGGGAGUCAAGUCUGUGAAGAAUCAUCUAAGUAAGGUGUUAAAUGAAUCGUAUUUUACGUAUGAAGAGUUGUGUACUUUGCUGUAUCAAAUAGAAGCAAUUCUCAAUUCGCGCCCAAUCGUUCAGCAGAGUGAUGACCCUAAGGACUACCAAGCUUUAAGCCCAGGACAUUUUCUGAUCGGACGCGAGUUAACAGCGAUUGCAGAGCCGUUGUAUGGUGACUUAAAGGUGUCGACAUUGUCUCGUUACCAAUUGAUUCAGCGAAGAAAGCAAGCGUUUUGGCGUCGCUGGUCCGCAGAAUACGUGACGGAGCUCCAGAAGCGUGUGGUAUUGAAAGAGGACAACAUGCCACCCCAGACAUGGAAGCUAGGGCGCAUUGUUCAAACGCAUCCUGGCAAGGACGGAAUAGUUCGCGUAGUGACCGUGCGAACCAGCAGCGGAACCUAUAAACGAGCGACGACGAAGAUAGCCGUGUUGCCGAUUGAUGAUGAAGUCUUGAAGAGCGAAUAA